ACCACAGACAGGGUCAGACAUCACGUGUUUUUAUUUGAUUGUUCUUAAUGGAACAGAAGCACAGAAAUAGGAGAGAAGAGCGGCCAUGGCGACGCGAGGGGGUGAGGCUUCGUAGGAAUCGGAUUUAAGAGACAGAUAAGAGGUCUAUAUAAAGAGAGCAAUAGGAAGAAGGGGACGGUGACGAAGGCGAAAGAAACCAAGAGCUGUUGCUUAUCCGGCAACAUUGGGAUUUCUGAUCGCUUUAGAUUACUUGACUCAAGAUAAUCGCAUGCUACUAACAAAGCCAACUUACAGGAUUGGGAAAGACUAGCUCCCAUUAUGAGCAUUAUGAAGCUUCAGGACUUCAUCACGCCCGCUGAGCCAAAGAAUGGCAUUAGAACUCCAUCCACACUAUCGAAAGCUGAGGAGUUGAGAUGCAUGAUACAAAAGUUGAAGAAUUCAAAAACAACCCAUGCUGAAGAUGUCUCGAGACAACAAUUAACUGACGCAAACAUCGUUGCUUCCACAGAGAGCGAGGACUGUCUUGAUCAUAUUUUUCAGUUAAACAUGGUUUACUUUCUCAAUCAAUGGCUCCAAGAAGCUGCAAAAUCUGGCGACGACGAGGCAGUUAACGAACAAGUGAUAAAUGCAUAUUUACAAUCGCUAGAAAAUAUCCCUCUAUGUCAGGGUAAGUUGAAUUCUUCAGGAAUUAUAGUAACCAUUAAGGAAUUGUUUGGUCAUAAACUUUUUCAGAUCAAACAAAGGUUGGAAGGAUUUUUUGAGAGGUGGAUUGAUAGAAGUUUUGACGGAUGUGCGCCCCAAAUGGCAGUGGGGAAAGAGCGUUGCAGAGUAGAAUUGAGCUGUGAUGAAAACAAUGAAGCGGGAGAAGCCAACUUUCUUAGAUUGGAUGAUAUAGAUGAAGGGAAAGGAUAUGUUCGAUAUGGAUAUGGAGCUCCGGCCGCAAGCACCCUGAAUGAGAAAGAGAAACCUCCUGCUGAUGAUAACAUGGACACAGAAAUGAGUGGAGGGGAAGGCGUCUGGUAUGAGUCAUCGGAGCCAAAUUUGAUGGAGUUCGAAUUACGUCAAAAUUUCAUGGAAGGACUGCAUGAUUUAUCGAGCACAUCAAAUGGAUUGGAGGAGUAUGAAGAUCCAGCACUUGAAAUGGAGGAGUUGGACCAGCAAGUUGGAGUUGAAUGGGAGGUUGUUGAUUACACUGGAAGGGCCUGCAACACUUUCCCAGAGUUAACUUCAGGAGAGUUAUUGAGCUCUGAAAGAUCAGGAAAGGGUAAUUUUUUGUUGGAUCUGAAUAUCUAUCCCGGUUCGAAUGGUCUCGAUUGUGAGUUGAGUCUCCCUCCAUCCAAUCCACUCAAUCCGUAUGCACCUGUAGCAGCUUCUUCAUCAAAUGGACCUUCUGAACUUCAAUUCUUGCCGUUAAACCUGGAAUGCGAACUAAGUUCGAGAAAUUCUGCUGUUCUGCAAGAUUCAGAAGAAAAAGAAAAUUAUGGAGAAAUAAAUUUGAAUUUGGAAAUUGUUCCUCCAUUCAUGAGCACUCCUUCAAGUUCACAUUGGGCGCCGAAUUUGGAUUUGAAUUUGAAGUCUGGACCGAUGGUGAACGGUGGCAAUGAAAAGGGAAGUCUGGUGCGGGCAUUCAUGGCGGAAAGCAGAAAUCUUUUGGGGGAAGAGAGGAAGAAUUUAAAGAGGAAAGAGCCUGAUUCUGGUUGGGACCCUCUUGCUUUUGAUUACAGUCGGCUGAGGCUGAAACUGUAGAAAUCUGCCCUCCCAUUUUUCUACAGUUUUGAUUUGAUUUUUAAUAUU